AUCUCGUCGACGUUCUCCACUACAUUCAUUAUUUGAAUUGUGGCAACGCUCUGUCGAUAAGCGUAUAACACUCCAUAUGCUCCUCAAUUGAUGCCCCUGUUUUAGACAACAUCUUCCGACAUGACAUACCUCCCUCGUCCUCGCCGCCGACACCUCCGAAACAAUAGUCUCGAGUCGACUCCGAUCAAGGCCAGCCAAUCCCUGCGUUCCUUCCAUCCCGCCCCUAGCACCUUCACUACUGAGCACCGACUUCUCUAGAAUGGUUCGAGGUCACCCCGACUGAUGUACGUAUGCGCAACGUCUUCCCCUCGUCGACAUUCUUCGAGCAGCGAAUGCACAGAAAUCCUUGACUCUGCCUUCUUAUUUUCAACAAGUUCAAUCUCGACGCUGCUCCGGACUAUCAACCACCCAGUACGUUCUUGUAAUCGCUUCCCUCGAGGUAUGAUUACUCUUCCAGAGUCGAACGCGACAACUCUUGAAGGUCCUGCUGCUCCGACUUGCCUCCCCCUCCUCCCCUCCCUCGACUACGUUUCGUCUAUAUUGGCAACACCAUUAACUCCCCCUUCUUUUGGCGAUUCCCCCGCCUCGGUGAUUUGUGUGGGAUGACGGUGAAUUGCUGCGCUCCUUGCAAUCGUCCAUCCUCUCUACGAUACCGUCUGAUAGUAUUCACGUGUCAAGAUGUUACAGUAACGGUUCCUGGCAUGGAGUGCCUCCUCGUCUUCAUCAGCGACAGCUCCGACACGGUGUCCGCCCUUUAAAAACAACUGAGGCAAUGUAAUCGUUUGAGGGCAUUCCGCCAUUUACAGACGUCUGCAACGUCUUCACCCCUCGUCGACAUCACUCUGACAUCAGCCCAUAAUCCGACUUCUCCCUUCCUUCACCAAGUGUACGUUCCCUCUCUCCUCUGUACCGUUUAUGAUCACCCCCUCGCCCAAUAAUGACCCGCAGCGUGAACUACGUGCUCUCGCGCCUCGCCACAACGGGCGACCUCCCUCACCACCUCACCGCAUGCAAAUGACGCGUUCAACAACUCAUCGCGACGUCCCCCUCCAUAUUCUUGAUUAGUCUGGCACCGUCAACCAGAUGACAACAUUCAGCAUGCGUUGGCAGCGGUGGCUCGUAUUCCUUCGACCUCAUGGCCCCAGUUGUCAUCGCUGGACAUUUCCCACUCCUCAGUCCCGUUGAUGUCCUCCACCUUGGCACGUUCAACGCCACGUGCAUUAUCUGAAUAUGUUGACGAUCAACUUAUGAUCGUUCGAGCAUGAAAUGCGUUCCCGACGUCAUCAACUACACCUCCGAAACUACAUCCUCGAGUCGAAUUCGAUCAAGGUCUACCGACAGGCUCGGGUACACUACAUUAUCAGUCGACGACUCUUCCAUGUUCUUCAACUACUGUGAACUAACCACUCGUCGCCCACACACCCCAGCCACCCUAGCCCGCACGCGGCAACCAAACCUCAGCCUGUGCCAACUGUUAAGGCUGCAGCUGCGGCGACUUCCCUCCUCCUUGGCCUCCCCCGAACCUAUCACGUCCAUUCCACCUAACGAUACUUCGCAUACCCUGAUCCUUGUUGUCAACGUCCGCCUCCACGGCACUUUCCACCCCACAUCUGUGAUUCGUGUGUACGACUACAGUCAAUUAGAGCCCUCCGUGAUUCUUCUCGGCCCACAGUGCACGUCCCCCGUCUUCCACAGCGACAUUUCCGACGCCGCAUUCUGGAUUCGAAUGAUAUUGAGCAUUACUGGAUGCGUUCAUUCCUUUUCCAUCCUCCUCGGUAACCUCUCUGAUCAGCUUCCAUGCUCUGGAAUAACUCGGGGAUCAUUUCCCCUCUACGUGGUUCCCCGCUCGUCCGCAUCACUUUGGAACCAGCUAACAGCACGACUCGUUCCUUCCUCCCUUCCACAAGUGUACAUAUUUCCUCCUUGCCCUUGCACCCUCCCCCAUUUCACCGUCCAUCGGGCCGUCUCUGGAACGACUGGCGCCGUGGAGUUCUGUCUCCCCCGCUUCAUGCCCCCCCUCACGAACUGCAAUCUCUAUCGUCUUCGCUCCGGCCUGUCAAGCAAACUCGAAUGCAAUUGGCUCGCUGGGAGGUAUGUCGUCCACAGCGAGACCUCUGAUACCAUAUUUCGAGUUGUUGUACAUUUUCCUUCUCCUCUCCCCAUCGUCACGUUCUCGCAUCAACCUCUGCGUUUCCAGAAAACAAGACGAUCUUCUUCGUACGGCUCUCUUCCUAGGAUCCUCAACUCCCCAGAGACACGGUAUACUCAAGAUCCAGUAUCACAUCCUCCACUCGCUGAUGACCAUGCUCUCGCUUUUCUCAGCAUCGCACCGUCGAUGACUAUCCUAGUUCAAUCUUACACCCCCCAGUCUAUCUUGGGAAACAUCAGUGCGUCUACAUGUACAGCCUGAUACCUCUUCUCUCUGGUGAGUUGUUUCGUCACAACGCC